AUGCAAAAACUAGCGCAAGCCAAUGAGAAUGCUUGGAUAUCUAUAGGUAGGUAAUUAUGCCAAGACUACGCUCGAAGUCUAUUGCUUGGCUGAUCGGAGCGUCUCUCAUUCCUUGCUGCUUGCCGCGCAACCAGGAUCUGCUGCCGAUGCGAUGGAAGACUUCGAUAGAGCCAUUGCCGCGUACGAAGCCGCUCUCCGCCACAAUCCCUACUCUGUUCCAGCCAUCAGUGCCAUUGCUGGGGUACAUCGAACGAUGGAUCACUUUGAAAAAGCAGUGGAAUAUUUCCAGCGUGUCCUGAACAUUGUACCAGAGAAUGGGGAGACUUGGGGCGCCAUGGGUGAGUCGAUAAUGUCGCUGCACGCAUUAAGCAACGACCGCGUCUCUGGUGCUCAAGGCAAGACACUUCGCAUCGCGCCCACUGCCGCAGGUCACUGUUAUCUCAUGAUGGACGAUCUGCAAAAGGCGUACACUGCGUACCAGCAAGCGCUGUACCACCUUCCAAAUCCUAAGGAACCCAAGCUGUGGUAUGGCAUUGGCAUUCUGUACGACCGCUACGGAAGCCUUGAGCACGCUGAAGAAGCUUUCGCAAGUGUCGUGCGAAUGGAUCCCAGUAAGUGACAAGGGUUUCGAUCUGGCUAUCAUACGCCCUUACUUACAACGCGUGCACUCUGUGCAUCGCAGAUUACGAGAAAGCGAACGAAAUCUACUUCCGCCUCGGCAUCAUCUACAAGCAGCAGAACAAGUACCAGCACAGUCUAGAAUGCUUCCGUUACAUCCUGUCUAGCCCUCCUCGGCCCCUCACAGAGAUCGACAUCUGGUUUCAGAUCGGUCACGUCUACGAACAGCAAAAGGACGUGAGCAUAUCCAUUGCCCAGAUGCUUGCACAGUGAUUUGACCACUCACGCUUGUCUUUUCUUGGUCGACCCGUCCAGUUUGGCGCUGCAAAGGACGCGUACGAGCGCGUGCUUGCGGAGAAUCCCCACCACGCGAAAGUCCUGCAGCAGCUUGGAUGGCUUUACCACCAAUCGAGUGCGGGAUUCCAGAAUCAAGAGCGCGCCAUUCAAUUCUUGACCAAGAGCCUUGAGUCAGACGCCAACGAUGCUCAAAGCUGGUACCUGCUCGGUCGCGCUUACAUGGCUGGCCAGAACUACAACAAAGCCUACGAGGCGUACCAGCAGGCUGUGUAUCGAGACGGAAAGAAUCCGACAUUCUGGUGCUCUAUCGGCGUGCUCUACUACCAGAUCAAUCAAUUCCGCGAUGCACUUGAUGCAUACUCGCGUGCUAUUCGCCUCAAUCCUUACAUUUCCGAGGUUUGGUUCGAUCUUGGCAGCUUGUACGAGUCCUGCAACAACCAAAUCUCUGACGCUAUCGAUGCCUACGCUCGAGCGGCCGAGUUGGACCCAGACAACCCUCACAUUCAGCAACGGCUCAACUUACUCCGCAACGCUGAAGCUAAGGGAGAGCAAGUCUCCUCCGCACCGAUUCCUCAAGACGUGCAUCCUACGGCGUACGCGAGUGUGGGUGGCGCGCAACCUCCAGGGCCCCCUUCGCGUAUCGGUGCCAAUGGCAAUGGACCAUCUUCUGCCGCUUUCCCUCCGCAAGGUCUUUCGGGCCCUGAUGGCGGUCCAAUGCGAGAGUUGCCAGGGCCUAAGCGUAGCCCUUCGCCGCCACAAGGUUUCCGCGGGGGACGACCUCCAUCUAUCCCCAACAUCGACGACCGCGGUACCAAAUCCUCUAGUCAUGCGACACUGGCUCCCAUGGAUGCGCCUCCCAUCAACGAGAGCGGCCGUUCACCACCGCAGCAUCACCGCUUCCCGCACGAACGUACUUCGCCCGGCCCUCGCGGAUUCAAUCAACCAGGUCCUCCUGGACCACUUCGGCAAUGGGACGGCAACGGGCGCAACAACGCCUAUGACAGAGAGCGCGAACACGAUGGCCCGCGCGAUCGUGAGCAAGAGGGGCAUUCGCGCCGUGGCUACGGCGGUGCGCCAAGAGGUAGCCACCUUGACGAACACUCUGGCCAUAGUGGGUAUGCCAACGGACGGAGCGGACCUGGAGGAGCUCCACCUCUUCCAUUUGAGAGACAGCCUUACGGGAGAUACGAUCCGGCCUAUGACCGAGAGCGAGAGCGGGAGAGAGACAGAGAUCGUGAUCGAUAUAGCCGAGGCCCAGGCGGGUUCGGUCCACCUCCACCGCCCAUCAUCAGCGGCAGCGGUCGCUAUGAUCCACUCAACGAUCGAUCCGAGCCCACUCGUCACUCGGACGCUGGCUCGCACAACGGUGAGCCUACGCGAGAGACACCGUUUGGUGAUAGCCACGGCUCAGCGAGUAAGCGCAAAGCUGGUCGUCGCAGUGCGAAGCCCAAAACCGAAGCACCAGGCCCGUCUCCUUCGCGCCGAAAAGCAAACGGCAGCUCUCGAUCGCAGUCGCCGGGUAGCUCUCGACCUGCGUCAACCUUCGGCGGCAGCCGCGGAGGUGUUCGAAGUCCAGAUCGCGUGAAGACGAGGAUGUCGCCAACUUCUGACCGCGGCUCGCCUGCGGGUUCUGACGCCUCGUCUGGCAGCAGACCCCUGGCAGCUGGUCUCAGCGCUUCGCAUGCAGCACAACGGUCGCAAGCUCCGGUCGCUUCACGUAGUGUGGAUGAGGACUACGACAACGGUGCUGCAGAUGCGUUGAUGGGGCUGGCUGGCGCCGCAUCCGCUUCCAGUAGCCUUCCAGCUCGCCCACCCACUUUGGACCACCCUGCUUCACGUCGCACUGCUUCUCCUCCGGCGAAAGGAGGUCUGAGCGCUGACUCGAUGCACAGCGAACGAGCGAGGUCAGCACAACCUGCCGCCCGUUUCCAUUCUGCAGAUGACGCUCAAGAUGCGUCUCGGAGCCAGCAGAAUGCAGCGCCGAUUCCUGACGAUGGCAGCAAUGUGCGCGCUUCCAGCAUCCUCGGCAAAAGGCCAAACGAUGACACCGAUUCACGCUCAGCAGAAGUAUCACCCCGCCUGACUGAAAAGCGAGCCCGAAAUGUGGAAGGCGGCGCAGAAGACGAUGCAAUGGAGGUGGAUGACCGGGUCCAAAAGGAUGCAGAGGGCAUUAAAUCUGCGACUGUAAGCAGCAACACGGGGCCCGCUGGAACGACUCCAAGCAAUUCAGAUCCCGACGCGAAGCCGCCCGCGCUGGCAUCUACGGCAUCAGUCGCACCUCCUCAGUCAAAUUCUGCGCCAUCGCCAGAGGAAGGGGAAUUGGACGACUCCUCCACUGAGCGACGCACCUCUCCUGCCGUGAAGAGCACUGCCGCUCCCUCAGGCGACGGCGCUGAGAUUGAGGCUAAAAUUGAAGAAGCUGACAAUGGAGAUAAGCCCUGA